AUGUCCAUUUCCAAUACCACAGUCUUCAUGCCCUCUGUGUUGAGACUAGUAGGGAUUCCAGGUCUAGAGUCUGUCCAAUGUUAUAUUGGAAUCCCAUUCUGUGUCAUGUACCUCAUUGCUUUGAUUGGAAACUCCUUGCUUCUAAAUAUCAUAAAAUCAGAACAAAGUCUCCACGAGCCCAUGUAUAUUUUCUUGUGCAUGUUAGGAGCCACAGAUAUUGUACUCGCUACCAGUAUUGUGCCCAAGAUGCUUGGAAUAUUCUGGUUUCAUCUAUCAGAGAUCUAUUUUGAUUCCUGUUUAUUUCAAAUGUGGCUCAUCCACACAUUUCAGUGCAUCGAGUCAGGCAUCCUGUUGGCCAUGGCCCUGGACCGUUAUGUUGCCAUCUGUUACCCACUGAGGCAUGCCACCAUCUUCACUCACCGGCUAGUCAUUCAAAUAGGUACUGUGGUAACACUCAGGGCUGCCAUUCUUGUUGCUCCAUGCCUACUACUGAUAAAGUGUCGGUUUAAAUUUUAUCAUACUACCAUCAUCUCCCACUCCUACUGUGAGCAUAUGGCUAUUGUAAAGCUAGCUGCAGAAAAUAUCCAGGUCAACAAGAUCUAUGGUUUGUUUGCAGCCUUCACUGUUGCAGGAUUUGACAUAAUUUUUAUCAUCUUGUCCUAUAUCAUGAUAUUGACCACAAUUUUUCACUUGCCCCAGAAGGAAGCAAGAUUCAAAGCAUUAGAUACUUGCAUCACUCACAUCUGUGUCUUCCUGCAAUUCUACCUUCUAACUUUCUUCUCCUUUUUCACACAUAGAUUUGGUUCUCAUAUACCUCCUUAUAUCCACAUCUUCUUCUCUAGCAUGUAUUUGCUAGUUCCUCCAUUUCUCAACCCACUUGUAUAUGGCUUAAAAACUAAGCAGAUCCGGAAUUAUGCAGUGAAAAUGUUCAGUUCUUAA